CGCAUACGGGUGAAAGAAGGCUUUGAUCAUUGUGAUGAGAAUGCCCUGUCUCUGACAUUCCUCAAUGCCAUGUCUGCGAAUCAACUUCAUCCGCUACAUCCCUUAUAACUCCACAAAGAGGAAAUCAACCGCAGUAACUCUCCGCGGGUUUCAAACCGCAACCAUGUCGACCACGACAACGACAGCACCGUCGCCGUCACCGCGCAAGCCCAUGCCUUCCGCAUUGACAUUUAACCUCGAUGCAAAAUGCUCGACAACCAAAGCCCGCGCAAGUACCCUACACCUCCCUCAUGGUGCCGUCAAGCUUCCCAUUUUCAUGCCAGUUGCAACACAGGCGUCCCUGAAGGGCCUCACAUAUGACCAGCUGAAAGAUACUGGAUGCAUGCUGUGUUUAAAUAAUACAUAUCAUCUGGGUUUGAAGCCUGGACAGGCCGUGCUUGAUGAAGUGGGCGGUGCGCAUAAACUGCAGGGAUGGGAUAGAAACAUUCUAACGGAUAGUGGGGGGUUUCAAAUGGUUUCCCUGCUCAAACUGGCCAGGGUUACAGAGGAAGGUGUGCGCUUUCUCAGUCCCCAUGAUGGAACUCCUAUGCUUCUUACUCCUGAGCAUUCUAUUUCUUUACAAAAUUCCAUCGGGUCGGAUAUUAUGAUGCAGCUGGAUGACGUGAUUGCCACAACUUGCCCGGAUAUUGAGAGGAUGCAAGAGGCGAUGGAACGCUCUGUUCGAUGGCUGGACCGUUGUAUUGCUGCACAUAAGUACCCGGAGAAGCAGAACCUAUUCUGCAUCAUCCAGGGUGGUCUGGAUUUGGAUCUGCGGCGGAAGUGUUGCGCCGAGAUGGUAGCGCGUGAUACGCCGGGGAUUGCCAUAGGAGGAUUGUCUGGGGGCGAGGCAAAGGAGGAAUUUUGUAAAGUGGUGGACACAUGUACCGGCCUCCUUCCAGAGCGUAAGCCUAGAUAUGUAAUGGGAGUGGGCUAUCCGGAGGAUCUGGUUGUGGCAGUGGCACUUGGUGCGGAUAUGUUCGACUGUGUCUGGCCCACAAGAACAGCACGAUUUGGUAAUGCCAUAACAUCUGCGGGAAACCUGAACCUCCGUAACUCGUCUUAUGCCACGGACUUCGGGCCGGUGGAGGUUGGCUGUACUUGCACUUGCUGUCUGCCUACGGAUCAAGGUGGUAUGGGCAUUACAAGAGCCUAUAUCCAUCAUCUAACAGCAAAAGAGACUGUCGGUGCUCACCUGCUUUCAAUCCAUAAUGUCCAUCACCUUCUAUCUUUGAUGGGAUCCGCCCGACAAGCCAUUCUAGAAGAUCGAUAUCCCGAGUUUCUGCGACAGUUCUUCAGCAACCUCUAUAAAGGUGACAAGUUGAAGUAUCCUAAAUGGGCGGUAGAAGCCCUCCGCGGCGUCGGAGUGGACCUGUUGGCGUAGGGAGCGGGAACCAAUCAUAUGAGCAUGUCGUUUGCAUUUGCGGUUGGAAGCGAAGACCUGCCCUUAUUUUGGGUUGUCCAUUUCUAUAUACAUUGUGGACUUGGUUGAGGCGCAAUAUUCUCGCCUAGCGACUGAUGUGUUUACACUGUUACGUUCGAAAUAGACUUCUUCUAGAUUAUCUAUGGUUUACUUGGACAAGUUGCGCCGAAUGCCUCUGGCUUUCAUUAUUCUAUGAGA